AUGAGAAGAUCCGUUGCAUUUCUUUCAUUAUUUUUUACUUUGAUUACACUAGGUUGUCUUAUUGUUUCAAUUAUUUUCCCAUGGUACAGAGUAAAAGAGACAACUAUACUCGCACCAAAUAAAUAUAGAGAAACAUUAUAUUAUUGGGAUGAGUAUAGAAUUACAAAUGAAAACUAUACUAUAACCGAUUUUCUCAAAGAAGAUGGUAAAAAAUAUGAUGAUAUUGGUUAUGAUCAUGUAAAGAAUGUAUUUAUAGUUUCAUUAACUUUUAUUUGUGUAGCUACAUUAUUGUCAGCAAUUUCAGUAGUACUUGUUUUCAUUUCAUUCGUUGCUAGAUCACGUGUUUUCGGUAUUAUUUCUGGUAUCCUCAUGUUAUUAGUAUUUACCCUUUCAAUGGUUUCAUUCUUCCAAUUCUUAAGAUUAAAUAGAGCCUUUAGAGACGACGAUACUUUCUGUCAAGUUGAAAAGGGUGGAUUUGACCUCAGUGAUACAUACUGUCACAAAUUUAUGGGAACUAGCGAUGGAGAUCUUUAUAAAUUAAAUUUCCAACCAUACGUAGGUUUUUGGUUAUCUGUCGGAGCUGCAUUCUUUUCUAUUUUCGUUUUUGUCCCAUUGUUUGCAACCUCUAGAUCAUCAUAAGAAUUUAUAUAGUUUUUUAAAAAAUCAAUAAAAACAGUUUAUAUAUAGAAUAAAAUAUAAAUAUUCUGUCACAUCUCUUAAAUUUUACAAUUAUUUAAAAUAAAAAUAAUUUUAUUUAUUAAUCU